AUGGAAGACGUUCUGUCCCGAGCCUGGGCACAUGUAAAAUGGGAGGAAGAUGUCGCCAGUCGCGCUAAGGCGCAGCUAAAGGAAGACCCCAAGGCGGUCAAGUUGGACCGAACCGAACGAGACGAGAAACCCUUUCCAAGACCAACCAGGGAUUUCGGGAACAGAAACUGGGGCAGAUACCAGAACCUGUCAAUCGAGAAGACAAAAGGGAUGGAAGUGUCUACGUGGCCAGACAUCUCUCACCUCUCCGUCUCAAGGCCGGAGCUGAUCAAUGUUCUGCGGCAGAUGGGCCAACAGGUCAAGUGGCUUCAGAAGAUGAAAGCGUAUGAUUCUUUCCGGAACCCUGGCCUCUGGUGCGGCUUCCACCGAGACCACGGUCACAAAAUGGAGGACUGCGUCGCACUGAAGAUUGCGACCAAGAGCCAUCUAAGCAAGGAGACAACGGCAAAGCCCACUGAAGCUGCUCCCGUCUCACCACCUCGACAGGACCGAGUGAUCCAUAUCAUAUCGGGCUGUUCGGAAACCAGCGGUAUAAGCCACGCGGCUGCAAAUAAGAGCACUUGGAACGCCAAGCACGGCCUAGAGGCAGCCAAGCGGAAACGCCUACUCCUGGGUACGGACGAAAUAAACUUCACGGCCAAGGAGCAGGAAAGGGUUCUCACCCCACAUCACGACGCCCUGGCCGCAUACAAGGAUCUGGGGCUGAAGGAAAGCGCUCUAACUCGGAGGAUAACCCCACUCAUUGGGUUCAGCGGAGAAGUCAAGCAGACUGCCGGAGAGGUGACCCUCCCGGUAUAUGCUGAAGGGUUCAACAUGUCAACCAAGUUCCUUGUUGUUAACUGCGAUUCAUCCUACAACAUGAUCCUGGGACGGUCCUGGAUUCACGACAUGGGAGCCGUCCCUUCGACUCUUCACCAGAUGGUGAAAUUCCCUACACCCUGGGGCAAAAGAGCAAUCAGAGGGGAUCAAGAAUAUUCCCGCUCCUACUACCAGACUACUUUGAAGGGAAAGACCAAGGUCUUAUAG